AUGACAUAUGGUUAUGGACCCACGGUGGAAUUAGCUGCCACCGCGAAUUCCCAUGUCAACAUAUUUGAGAACCGAGCCGAGGAAGCCUCUAAUUCAUGGGGGUCAAGCUCUUUUCAGAGCCCUCUGAUGGGAGGCAGUGCCAAUCAACCACAUCGUGCAACUAUUCAUGAUGCCUCAACAAGAUCCGCGGACGAACUUUACGAGGACAUAAAUACCAAUAUGACAGCCCCUUCCUUUUCGUCAGUCCACUUCGACGAGGGCAAAGGACCGGUCAACGACGUCCAAACCGCAGAACACAGAGGAAUGCUUUACAAGGAUCACUGCAUCAUAAUUCAGGGCCUGCCAGAGUCCUCCGCAAGUACCCCCAGGGAACGAGUCGCUGCUGACUUAGAGCAAUUCCAGAAACUCCUAAAUGAAAUGCGGCAACCAACAGAAGAUGUCACAGUCGUAAAGGGGUUUCGUCUUGGUAGCCGUACAACCGCCGCUCCACAUACACGACCAAGACCCCUGAAACUUGUCCUAGGUAGCAAUGAGCAGGCGAAACUAAUCCUUUCCAGACGUUUUCGACUGAAAAAUUCCCAUAAAUGA